AUGAGCUCAUCGACGGCCGGCGAAAAGACGUCAUGGCCGGAGGUGGUCGGGCUGAAAGUGGAGGAGGCCAAGAAGAUCAUCCUCAAAGACAAGCCUGACGCCGACAUCAUCGUGCUGCCCGUCGGCACGCCGGUGCCCAAGGAUUUACUCCCUGACCGGGUCCGCAUCUUCGUCGACACCGUUGCCGAAACGCCCCAUGUUGGCUAG